AUGUAUGUUGCUAAUGAAGAUAGUAUAUCAUCGUCAGAAGAUGUGAAGUUAAAGACACGUUUUCAAGGACAAGUGUUGGUUUUGUAUGCUAAAAUUCCGCUACGAUUGGAAACAUUUUUAAGCAGUUUACGAGAAGCUUGCAAGCAGGCUUAUAAUCAGCCGAUUACCGUCAAAUGGAUUGAUGAAGAAGGUGAUCCAUGUACGAUAUCAUCUCAACGUGAAUUAGACGAAGCGAUACGUUUGUUACAUGCAAAUGGUGAAGCAGAACUUAAUGUUCAUGUUUUCCUUGGCAUUCCUCCUUUACCUGGUCUUCCAUGCCAUGGAGAAGAUAAAGCGGUAUAUCGAAGAGGUGCACGUCGUUGGAAGAAAUUUUAUCAUGUUAAUGGACAUCGAUUUCAAGCUAAGAGACUUAAUCGAAGAGUACAAUGUUUCUUUUGCAAUGAUUAUAUUUGGGGUCUUGGACGUCAAGGAUAUCGUUGUGCUGACUGUCGCUUAUGUGUUCAUAAAAAAUGUCAUAGAGCUGUACGACAACCUUGUGGUGAUAACAGUAGUGGAAUGGCAGUUGCGCCAUCACCUUCUGCACCAAUUAUUUCACCAAAAUUUAAUGGAGCCACAGUGGAACGUACUGGACUUGAUAAUCAUGCAUUUAAAGAAUCAGAAAUUGAAGCUGAGCAUAUUACUGCUCAACAAAAUUUAGUGGAUCGUUGUGCUGGUAGUACAUCAACAAAAGAUUCAAAAUGGGCAGUUUCGUUGAAUAAUUUCAAUCUUUUAACGGUAAUUGGAAGAGGUUCCUAUGCUAAAGUUAUUCAAGCAGAACAUAAAAAAACAGGUGCAAUUUAUGCAAUAAAGAUUAUCAAAAAACAAAUGUUUAGUGAUGAUGAGGAUAUUGAUUGGGUACAAACGGAGAAAUCGGUUUUUGAAACAGCAUCAAACCAUCCUUUCCUCGUUGGACUUCAUUCUUGUUUUCAGACUGAUUCACGUUUAUUUUUUGUUAUCGAAUUUGUUCCUGGCGGUGAUUUAAUGUUUCAUAUGCAAAGGCAACGCAAAUUACCUGAAGAUCAUGCUAGGUUUUAUUCAGCAGAAAUAAUAAUAGCUUUGCAUUUUCUGCAUUCACGUGGGAUUAUCUAUCGUGAUUUAAAACUCGAUAAUGUUUUGAUAGAUGCCGAAGGACAUAUUAAACUUACUGAUUAUGGCAUGUGCAAGGAAAAUAUUGGUCCAGGUGAUGUUACUAGUACGUUCUGUGGUACACCAAAUUAUAUUGCUCCUGAAAUUUUAAGAGGGGAAGAUUAUGGAUUUAGCGUAGAUUGGUGGGCGCUUGGUGUACUGAUGUAUGAAAUGAUGGCCGGUCGUUCACCUUUUGAUGUGGUUGGUAUGGUAGGUGAUGUGGAGCAAAAUACGGAAGAUUAUUUAUUCCAGAUCAUUCUUGAAAAGCAAAUACGAAUUCCGAGAUCACUUUCGGUGAAAGCUGCUGCUAUUUUGAAAGGUUUUUUGAAUAAAGAUCCAAGUGAACGACUGGGAUGUAAUGUAAAUAUUGAUGAAGCAUUGGAAGAAAUGAAAAAUCAUGCGUUUUUUCGAACAAGCAUUGAUUGGGAAUUACUAGAAGGACGACAAGUGACACCACCUUAUAAUCCAUCUGUUUCCAGUGAUCGUGAUUUGCAGCAUUUCGAUACAACAUUCACCGAUGAAGCUCCAAAUCUUACACCUGAUGAUCCGAGUGUCAUCGAAAAAAUUGAUCAAACUGAAUUUGAAGGCUUCGAAUAUAUUAAUCCAUUACUGAUGACAAAAGAAGAAAGUGUCUAA